GAUUCUGAUUCUACAUUUGUAUCUCGAAGACGUGUAAAUAGGUACAAAAAUCGACCAAAACCUAACAUAAAUCCUCCUGAUGACAAUUCUGAACAAAGUGUUGAUGAGCCUUCUGAAUCUUCUGAAUAUACCACUGAAGAAGACAAUAUUUCAGAUUAUGAAACAUUUGAGAAUUAUGCACCACCUGAUUAUGAGCCAUUUCAGGACUUACCAGAUCUAGGAUCAAUAAUUGAUAACCGAAGGUUAGAGAUAUCUGAACAAUACGAAAACCCAGGAAGCCUGCUAAAUAGAAAAAGUGAACUAACAACAAGGCUCGGAAUUAUUUAUGGGAAAGAAAAU